GCAGCCAACAAACAGUUCGUUGUGGAAGUUGCGGCGCUGUGGAUGUGCGACCAGUAACGAAGAGGCACCUCGACGCGGCUCGGCCAUUUACUAUCUAAUCGUUGGUGCUCGUUGGCUCAUAAAAUUUGGCGUACGCGCGCGACACGGCGGCCAAGUGCUCGAAAGACACGGACAGGAAGAAAGAGUGACGACUGGUUUCUUCAGUUUAAACAAACAAUUAGUCGAAUACGUGAAUGGGUGUGGGUCCUAAGUGGGGAGAGUGCUGCUGAGUGAAAAAAUCGGCAUUUUUAAAAUAGAAAAUGAAUGUGACAUUUGGUUUACUGCUUAAAGUAUUCAAAUAAGGCAGUGAUGCACUUCACUCAAAACAAAAAAAAUCGAAAAUUGUAUGAAAAACAUUGAAAAGUGAUAUAAAUCUAAUAAAGUGUAAUACAUACAUACAAAUAUAUGCUUACAUAUGUAUAUAUAUAUUCUUAAAAUUAUAUAUUUAUAAAAAUUAUACUCUGACAAAAAGUUAUUAGUUAAUUAGUAAGUAAUUACUGCAAAAAGUGUUGGAGGCAACAAAGAGUCAGAUCCAAACUCUCGCCGACCCAGAAGUGUUCGCUGGUCAACAUUCAAAUCAAAAGUCAUAAUCAAAUCAUAUCAGAAACAAAACAAUCGUAGCCUAGACUAAAACGUCAACGAGUCAAACUCCAGCCGUAAUUUGAAAUAGAAAUAGAAAAUGUCGACUUCUGUACAAAAUUUCAACAAAUCGCCAAGUGUCAUUGACUCCACAGCGGUAAUGUCGGCCACCGCCGUCGCAGCCAGCUCCGCCAUCCAACAGCUCUCGUCGAUAUCGCUAAUGCUCGAGUACGACAUUGACAACACGCUGAACACCAUCAAAGAGAAUGGUGUACAUCUCAUACAACAACAAGAACGACAAGCGCCACAACAAGCACAUCAUCAGCAGAAGAAUGUGAGCCAGCCACCGAACCUUACAAAUGAAGCUUUAAAAGAUAUCAAACCUGUGCUGCCACCAACACCACCAGCCACGCCUAACUUGGCGAAUACAGCGCGCAAACGCUGGAAGAUUUUAGCGAAAGUAUUGCGCAAAGACUCCGAGGAGACGGUCUCGUCGUCGGGCGAGGAGUUCGGUGAGGAGCAAACGGCGUCGGUGCGUCGUUUCAAGUCAUUCGACCUGUUGCGCCAGGACAGCUUCGAAGAUCAUAUGACACUGAACUGCCUGGGCAAACCGGAGAACUGGUACAAGUACAGUGUGCUGCUCGAUGGGGAGGGUCAGCAGGAGUUCACCGUUAACAUACAUCACGUGGAGCGUCAGCUAACAGCCAGUGACCUAAUGGGCUUCAAUAACACCGGCAAUAUUUGUGUGUGGCCCUCAGAGGAGGCAUUAACCGCUUACGUUCUAUCCGACGCCGCUGCGUAUAGUGAUAAAUGGAUAUUGGAAUUGGGUGGCGGAUUCACAUGCUUAGCUGGGCUUAUGCUCUCCAAGUACGCUAAGCCUUAUGCGGUGCAUCUCACCGAUGGCAACGAUGUGUCGGUGGAGAAUGUAAAGAAGACAGUAUGCCUGAACGAGCUCGCCUGCUACACAAAGUGCUCGGUGCUCAAGUGGGAAGAUGUGAGUGCGCGUGCUACGGCGGAGGCUGGGAAAUUCGAUGUCAUCCUUUCCGCCGAUUGCCUGUUCUUCGAUGAAGCGCGCUCGUCGCUCGUGGAGACGAUUUGGUAUUAUAUGGCACCCAGAGGUGAGGCGAUAAUAAUGGCGCCAAGACGUGGCAAAACCAUGGCGAUGUUUGUUGGCGAGUGCACGCGUAGAGGCUUCGCAGUGGAGAUAACACAGCGCUAUAAUGAGACCAUAUGGAAGCGGCACGAGGAAUUGAUGAUGACGUCCGGCUUGUACGACGAGGACUUACACUAUCCUGUGCUUUUGCGUCUGCGUAAGCCCUACAUGGGAUAGAAGCGAAAAGAAGAAUGCGCUGCGAAAUAUGCAAGUCUUAGGUUUGAUUAUUAGCAAAACACGUGCAAUUGUAUACAAAAACCAAAAACAAUAACAAAAUAGUUCGUAGUCAUAUUGUAAGGAACCGAUUUUGUAUUAUUCCAAUAAUUCCAAGCACUAAUGACGAAAUUAUAAAUUAGAGAUUUGUAUUACGACAAAUAGUAUGUAAAUUUUUGUCGCGUCUUUAUGCGCGCAAACAAAAUGGUAAAUGCUUUAAAAGAUAUAGUACACAGGUUUUAUAGCUUUCCCAACUACACCAUAGGCAAAAGAGCGGUUGAGUGGCGGUGCCUCGAAACCGGUGUUAAGGGAGUAAGGGGUCUGCCUUGACUGGAUAUUGUUUAAAAGUGGAAGUGUGUAAACAGUGUUGCCAUAUUAUUAAUUAAACUCAUAUCUCACCGAAUUUUUCCAACUAA